AUGGCGUACCGAUCAACAUUCCUUCUGCUGGGACUUUUCUUGGCAAUUCAUAUUUGCUCGUCUGUAGCAGACGUACCAGUACAGCGCUACCGCUACUACACUAUCCGUGUUCCAAUUAAUGAAGAUCAAAUCAUUCUCUCGAACGCAUCCGUCACACCCAAUGCAAGAAACGCAACAGUCUUUGUAAGUGGGGGCGGCACUGGCGGGUCUGCAGCUGGCAGCGGCACGGCUGGAAGCGGCAGUAGUACUGGUGCGACUGGUGCUGGUGGCGUUGGGUCAGCAGAUGGCUAUGGCUCCGGCACAGCUGCGGCUGGCUCGACCGGAAGCGGCCAAGCUGCGACUAGCAACGAUGCCGCAGCUGGCAGUACAGGAGAUGCAGCAGGGACAUCGGGCUCUUCCGAACUGGACAGUGGUCUGGCUGCCGGACAAGCUGGUGCCGAUCUUUCGCUCAAGCAUGCGGUCAAGGACAAGCAAGACAUCCACUACAAAGUAUGUACCGAAGGUGACUUUGACGUGACCUCAUCGCACGAAGAUGACACCGAAUUUGCUGCAAACGCCUGGUUCAACGGUGGAUACGGCGUCUCAAAGGAAGCAAACGGUUACGGUGCUGUUACCGCGGGCAAGGCUGCAGCUGCCACAAACAAUGCCGCGGCCAACAACGCCUACGCAGAUGGCUAUGGCGGCACGGCAGCAGGCACGGCAGGGGUCGCUGGUACUGGAGCAGCGGGCACUGCAGCAGGAGGGUCUGGCAGUGGCUCCGGCACUACUGGCGCUGCAUCCGGCGCUUCGGGCGGCGGCGCAGCAGCCCGAGUCAAGCGCGCCUUAGCCGGGCAUGCCGCCAAGCAACCUCUUCACGUUUAUUAA